AUGGGUAUUACCGGAUUACUGCACGGGGGUUCCGGGGACCCCGUCGCUCUACUGUGCUGGGGUUCUCCGGACCCCGGUGGGGGUUUCGACAGCCCCGUGGCACUUGUAUGCUGGAAUUCCGAGGACCCCGCCGUUCUACUAUACUGGGGUUCUGCAGACCCCGGUAGGGGUUUCAACGACCCCGUGGCACUUCCAUGCUGGGGUUUCGAGAACCCUGCCGCUCUAUUAUACUGGGGUUCUGUGGACCCCCGUUGGGGUUUCGACAACCCCGCGGCACUCCUAUGCGGGGGUUCCGGGGACCCCGUCGCUCUACUGUGCUGGGGUUCUCCGGACCCCGGUGGGGGUUUCGACAGCCCCGUGGCACUUGUAUGCUGGGGUUUCGAAGACCCCGCUGUCCUACUAUACAGGGUUUCAAGGACCCCGUACUUGUAA